AUGGCGUGGGGGCUCACUGAUGUCGGAUCACAGAUCUUGAAGGAGGCACCCACGCCCUCCCAUUCGUCUCACUCAUCAGCAUCUCUCUCUUCUCCUGUUUUCUCGCCAUUAGCUCUUCCUGCUCCCCCCGGACCCUUAAAACCACCCACCAAAAGAUGGCCGCCUACAACUUAUCAAACUGGGCUCACCCCAAAUGAAGCCAAGGUUUUUAUCAGUGAAGGUGCGCCUACGUUUCAAGGCGAGCUUCGAGAGAUCACAAACGGUCCCAGGGGACAUUUUCAUCUAUUCGCAUUCGCCGGGGAUCAAUGGGAUGAAGAAUCGGACACUGCUGCUUUUCAGAGUGACUCUUUCUGUGAUAUGAGUUCAAGCCCAGAGGGAAAACAGACUGAUGCCUUAGAGCGCCCAGCCAUGGGGCAUGCAUUUGGAAUUUACCCAGGGACUGUGACAUUGUCGUAUUAUGUUGCUAGUUUCGGGAGUACUUUUAGAGGCUCGGAGGUGGCGGCUCGGGGGAAGGUCCGAAAGCUAACUAUGCUCUAUGUCCUCGAUCGAUUACGAAGGCUCCAGGAGAAUGGAGUUGAAGAGGACUCUUAUGAGCUUCAUCACCAUCUCUACGAGAAUCUGCUGCAUGAUACACACAAAUAUGAACACCCACAUACUCAAUUCUCGCUCGACACCCAGAUUUCGGAUCUUGUCGCUGCUUUGUGUCGCCCGAGUUGGGUGGACUUUUCUUUGAUUGAAAACCAGACAAUUGCUCGAUUCCUCUCAGACCCAACACCUGGUGUGGCGAAUAGCUUCUUUCAUCAGCUCCUCCUAUCAGUAGAACUGUACCUAAGAAUUAAUGCGAGGGAUAAAACUAGCAUGGCGUUGAAACCAUUAGCGGAUAUGCCUGAGAAGAUCAGAUGGGAUUUGAUAUUGGCGCAACGAUGGCUUGAGAAUGUUGAGGUAGAACCUCCCAAGACUGUCAAAGGUCCCAACGGCAAGCGCCAAAAGUCGAACAUUUCGUUCAAAUUCCCAAACAAGAAAAACCAAAUUGAGGCAUUACGCAAUUUCGCCUGGACGCUCAAAUGGCCGAAUAUGCACGAAGUUGAAUAUACACUUUCCGAAGAGGAUAACCCCGAAGAGCUUCUCGAAGAUAAAAGCAACAAUUGCAUGUCAUGGUUUACAGGGCUGCUUCUACCCGGAAAAUCAAUGUCAUGGGUUUUGAUGAAUGCACUCACAGACUGCGAUCCUGACGUGCCGGAGGAUUUCCAUAACCUCUCACCAACAACACCAAAUAUUGGUAUGCAGUACCGAGGGCAUACAUAUUGGUCAUGGGAAUCCAUAGUUGGGAAAGUCCUUGGAGCUGCUUUUGGGGUAUCUCAAAUAGCUGGUUGGGUUGGUCCAUGUGCAGCAUCCGCUGAUCUUGACCGCUCUGAAAUGGCCGUUAUCAACCAGGCACCCCCACGGGGUAGCCGUAUCACACCAAGUGAUGUCCGUGCUAUGGCUCACAAUAGUGAUCCUCUUGGAGGACAUCAUUCAACAUACCUCGUGGAUGAUUUUAUCCUUCUAGAGGCACAUGAGGAAGAUGCAGUUGAUUCAAUUAGGAUAGAACGUCUUAACUUCUCGCCAGCGGCAUGUAAUCCAAAAGGAAUACACGCCAUCGGUCACGGAGAGAAUGGCGAGGUGGAAAAGAAGCCUAUCGUCAUAUUCGAUGCAUCAAUAACCUUUGCAAUAACGGUUGAUCAUCGCGCCAGAUCGUGGAAGGUGUCGUUACGAUACGAUACUCCGUUUAUAGCCGCAUACCCAUGCCAAAGUGGCCCGCACGUCUUAUUCUGUGAGUACCGAUACCGGAUGGCGAGAGUAGAUACGCUGGUAGACAUACAAAACUGGGGAUCUUCGGGAGGUGAUAAUGAAUCGUUACUGGAUGGUGAUGAAGAGAGCGAGAGUAAUAUGGGAGUUGAAGAAGUACUUGUUGUGGAAGCAUACGGGGUGACCGAUAAUGAAGUAUUUGCAAGAGCUUGGUGUGCAUUUUGGGGACUACCCGCCAUUACAGCGGACAUCAACAAGACAUGUGUGGCUUGUGCCAUCCGAGAAGCGUACGCGGCAUUGGUCAGUGUUGUUAUCCUUACCAACAGAGGGAAUAUCGACGAACAGGUAGAGAAAGUUGAUAGACUGAUGGAGCAUUUAUAA